UUUAAUUAUAUCCUUCUUAUGAUUAAACAAAUAAUGAUAUAAUACAAUGUUAUAGAGAAAGAGAACGAAAGUUUUGUCAUUUAGAGAGAGAAUAGAAGAAUCUUUAAAUAAAAUGAAAAUCGUUGAAACACGUGACAUUUUACAUAGUCUGCGAAGAAAUGACAGUGAUUUUUUUUUCUUUUUUUUUUCUUCUUUUAAAUAAUAAAACAAAUCAGUUUAUGAAAUCAUGGAGUAUAUGAAAAAUGGAAAGAUCGUAAAGUGGUAAUAAAUCGUUGGAAGAAGUGACUCUGGUUAAAAAAAAAACUUACUCUCGUAAGGUUUUAAUAAAAAUCAAUUGUUUGCUGUAUAGAACAUAUGCAAACUAAGGAUAGGGGUUGUAUGUGAGGGUGGGACGUAGUGGUGUAAUGUAAUAAUAUAAGUUGCGAAUAAUAGGAUAUAGGAUAAAAAGUCAAAGUGAUAGAAGGAGAAAAGAGAAUGAUAAAAAUUUGAUCGAGCUGUUUUUAAAGGAUUUCAUUACUUCAACAAAUAUAAACUGAAUCAUGGACACCGGCCAAGUUCUUAUUCCAAUCAUCGAUCCUAUAGAAAUACAUAUGGAUAUUUUUAGAAUGACUAACAAUUAUCCGAGAUCAACAAGAAUCUAAAUACUUAUCCAUUGUCAUAUACACACAUACAUAUAUGUAUAUAUAUAUAUGUGUGUUCGUUUAUAUUGUCGUCGACCGAUAAAUAGUGUUCCUGACCUUUUCGAUUAAAAUGGGUGAUAGUACACUUACGCUCGAAGAUGAGACUCAGAACGCUCACAGUAGAAGAUCAAGCACCGUAGGUGACGCUCCGCAAAACGGUUCCGAGUCUAGCAUUGGUGAAUCACAUUUGAGUGAGAAUACAACAUCGAUUAAAUCGAUUGAUGCAUCGUCGAUUACGUCGACGAAAUCAACACCAGGUAAAAGUAACAGCAAAUCGGGAAGCAUUUCUUCGACUGCUUCAUUGAGUAAUCCAAAAUCAACAACUGGACAUCAUUCGAGUAGAGAAAUUCUUUACGAGUCAGAUAAGAACUGCAUACAGCCAUACCUUUCAAUCGCAACGGAGAAUCCAUCGAAACCUGGCACGCCAAAAAUUUCUAAAAAAACGUCCAAGACAAGUGUAUACCCAUCUGGGAUCAAUUUGACGGCACGUGAUGCGUUUGGUCCUAAACUUACGGCCCCAGGAUCACCGGAAAGUAGUCCAUCGUUACCGAAUACGCCAUUGCCUACAGAUUUCGAUGAAAUCGCAAAGGAAUGUUUAUCUCGUAAAGGAUCAUCGGUCGAAAAUGAAAUUACUUCGGACACAUUAUAUUUUCGUGAUGGCCGAAGGCGAAUCGAUAUGGUGCUCGUUUAUCAGGAAGAAAACGAGGGUGUCAUGACGGAAUUGGAAACAAGACGAAGAGAACAGAGACGUAUAUUUCAACAAAAUCUUUUAACGGAAGGCUUGCAACUCGAAUUAGAACCAAAAGAAAAUUCAUUCGAUGGUAAAACAUUUUUCCUCAAACUUCAUAUACCCUGGAAAAUAAAAGUACAAUAUGCUGAAGUUAUGAAUUUGAAAUUGCCAACAAAAAGAUUUAUCACUAUAUCGGUUAAAGCAUGGGGUACGGAUGGUACAAAAGGUAGGCCGAAAAUUUGGGAAAAAUGGUUAAAGUGGACCAACUGGAUACAAAAACUUCAUCACUGGGAUACCAAUCGAUAUCCCGAAGAACCUAGUUUCUAUGAUAGUAUUGAUUCUGGUGAUCGAGAGGAAAGAUUUGUCGUAAAGGAUCGAGAUACCGCAUAUACGCCAGCACAGAGAUCGUUAAUAGUGAUGCAAAUAUUGUUACGUACAAGGUACGAAGAAAUGCAUGAUAAAGUUGGGAUUCGUAGACUUGUUGCAGACGGUACUUAUCUCGAUUGUUAUCAUUUGCACGAAGGACCAUACAACAAGCCAGAAGAUAACGGUGAAAUUUUAGAUAGACAUUUGCUUUAUUUGAUAUGGGCUAAUCCAAAACAAUGGUUUAAGAAACAACCAUUGUGGUUGAUAAGACGAUACUUCGGUGAGAAAGUAGCAUUAUAUUACGCUUGGCUUGGUUUCUAUACGGAAUGUUUGGUUGCACCAGCUGUGGUUGGUCUUCUAUGUUUUAUAUAUGGCCUAGGAAGUAUGGAAGGCGCGGAUAACGUGCCUAGCAAAGAAAUAUGUGAUAAUAAGAUUGCCGGAAAUAUUACAUUAUGUCCGCUCUGUGACAAAGCUUGUGGUUAUCAAAAACUCGGCGAUUCUUGUAUAUUUUCUAAGCUAACAUAUCUUUUUGAUAAUCCUGCGACCGUUUUCUUCGCCAUUUUUAUGUCAUUUUGGGCAACGACGUUCUUAGAAUUAUGGAAACGACGACAAGCUGUUAUCGUUUGGGAAUGGGAUCUUCAAAGUGCAGAGGAUGACGAGGAACCUAGGCCAGAAUUUGAAACGUCAGUGAAAACAUUUCGCAUAAAUCCAGUUACCAGAGAACGUGAGCCAUAUUUACCAGCAUGGUCGAAAGCUAUGCGAUUUUUUGCUACCGGUUCCUUUGUAUUUUUUAUGAUAUGCGUUGUCCUUGGUGCAGUACUAGGUACAAUAAUAUAUCGUAUAUCUCUCGUUUCUGUAUUUUACGGUGGCGGUGGUUCUUUCUUACAAAAACACGCGAAGAUAUUCACUUCGAUGACAGCAGCCUUGAUCAAUUUAGUGAUAAUUAUGAUACUUACACGUAUAUAUCAUCGAUUGGCCAGAUGGAUGGUAAACAUGGAAAAUCCAAGAACUCAAACAGAAUACGAAUCUAGUUAUACGUUCAAAAUAUUUCUUUUUGAAUUCGUUAAUUUUUAUUCUUCGCUAAUUUACAUCGCAUUCUUCAAGGGAAGAUUUUUUGUACAUCCUGGCGAUCAAGACGCUAGAUCGUCCGAAUUCUUUCGUAUAAAGACAGACGUCUGUGAUCCAGCUGGUUGUCUCUCUGAAGUAUGCAUUCAGUUAGCUAUUAUAAUGAUUGGAAAACAGUGUUUCAAUAAUUUCGUUGAGAUUUUAUCCCCAAAAUUUUUGAAUUGGUGGCGCAAAAGAACUCAAGUUGCUGCUACGAAGGAUCAUGACAGACAAUAUACAUCUUGGGAAAGAGAUUAUCAAUUACAGGAUCCUGGAAGACUCGCACUUUUUGAUGAGUAUUUAGAAAUGAUUCUUCAGUAUGGUUUCGUAACUCUCUUCGUAGCAGCAUUUCCAUUAGCGCCAUUAUUCGCAUUAUUAAAUAAUAUCGCAGAAAUAAGAUUGGAUGCUUAUAAAAUGGUGAAAGAAUCACGAAGACCUUUAGCAGAAAGAGUGGCAGAUAUUGGUGCUUGGUAUGGUAUUCUCCGUGGUGUCACAUACGUUGCUGUUGUAUCAAACGCAUUCGUCAUAGCUUAUACCUCAGACUUCAUUCCACGAAGUGUCUAUGCAUUUGUUUAUUCUCCAACGGAAGAUUUGGUCGGUUACAUUGACAGCUCUCUGUCAGAAUUUAAUACUUCUGAUUAUCGUGACGACAUGAAGAGUGAUGCCAAGGAACAUCCAGAAACAUGCCAAUACAGGGGAUACAGAAAUGGACCCGAUCACAAAUUAGAUCCUUACGGAUUAAGCCCACAAUAUUGGCAUGUAUUUGCAGCACGAUUAGCAUUCGUAGUUGUUUUCGAACAUGUUGUUUUUGCAUUGACUGGGAUAAUGAGUUAUGUUAUACCAGCUGUACCGCGUGCCUUAGCGACACAACUUCAACGAGAACGUUUGCUAGCACAAGAGGCUAAAUAUGAAAAGGGAUUAAAGGGUAGAGAGGACGAGGAGGAUAUACUUUCUGUAUUAAGAGAAGCUGGAAGUAUAGGUAGACCUACUGUUGCUCCUGGUAGAACCAAUUGGGCAAGACGUUUCAGUAAAAUAAGCGAUGGUUUGGAUGCCCACGUUGAAGUUGGUUCGAGGGUACACAGAUACAGUGACAGUUCCACUAUGUGGGAUGUCACUUAAAUUAUUCAACACAUUUCUUUUCUUUCUUAAAAUAUCAUCGAUCUCGUUCAAUUGAAAAUCUUAUUUCAAGAUGAUUUAUUGUAAUGUAUAUUAUUAUGUUAACACUUGUAUAUACUAUGUAUAGUACCGCACAUUUAAGAUCAAAAAAGAGAACACCAUCUUUCUUAUCAGUAUUUCUUUCUUUUUUUCUUUUUUUUUUUUAUCCACAUCAACGCUUUUGUUAAGCUAUUAUUGCAUUUUUAUUUUUGAAUAUAGCAUCUAUAAAUUAUAAAUGCUUCCAUCAUAUUUUAUGAUAUUUUCUUGCACUUAUAUAAUAUUGAGGAAAUGAACAUUCGUAACUUUAAACAUAUAUAUAUAUAUAUAUAUAUAUAUAUAUAUAUAUAUAUACAGUAUGUGUAUGUGUGUGUGUGUAUGUAUGUAUAUAAACAAUCAAUUUGUCGAUCGAUAUAACUUCUGAAUGAAUUCGUGUUUUCUGAAAAUUAAUGUUUUCAUGAUAUCAGAUAACGUGUCGAUAUAUAAAGUAAUAUAUUAUUACACUUUUAGUAUAAAAUGAAUGUAUGUGUGUAAAAUACUAGGGACCAAAUAUCAAUCGACCGAUGUUUAAUAUAAUUAGAUAUUUGUGAUCGAAUCAUCAUCUAUCCUCGAAUUGUUAAAAUUUUACGUAAUUAUUAGUAGAUAAAAUGAAAAAAAAAAAUAUAUAUAUAUAUAUAUUUUAAUUUCAACUUAAUUAUACAUGAUAAUUAUACGAGGCUAUCUAAAUCCUAAUAAUUACGAAACAAAAUUAGUGAAGUAUAAAGAAUUUUUCAAGAAAAUAUUUUUAAUAAAAAAUAAAGAAGAUAUUUUUAAGGAAUCGAUUGAUAUAGUGAUAAAGGAAGUACGUUAGAAAAAAAUAUGCUUAUUACUUAUUAAAAUGCCGUGUCAUAUUGACACCUACCGAACAAAUAUGGCGUCGUAUUUACAGCCAAGUAAGUUGAACAAUUCCUUUCGCGCAUGGACAGAACAAACUUUGAUAUAGUUAAAAAAUAUAUUUAUUUAUCUAUUUACAUAUUAUCAAAAAAUAGCAUGUAAUAUAAAAUUUAAGAAUAUUAAAGUCAUCAUAAAAUUUUAUCAAUUGUAAUUAUAUAGUUCCAGU